AUGGAGUCCGGAAACGCCAUGCAAGAAUCACGACCUUCGGAUGAGAGCAGAGAUGUCUCAACACCUCGUACCACCGAUUCUGAACAAGAGCAAGGACUGUUGCAGGAGUGGAAGCAACGUAAUGGCGAGGCGUUUGAUCAUUCCAAUCGAACGCAUAAGAGAUGGCGACCAUGGAGUGUCUCAGCUUUCAUAGCGGUUCUUCUGGCAGCUCUGAUCACUCUGGUGGUCGUUACGGCGUCAGCUUUUGGCGUCGAGAAAGAAGAGCACCAGGAACAGCAUGAAGAGCAGAACGUCCAAGACACGACGGGAGUCCAGACAAACGACUAUAUACUUGAUGUAAGCUGGGAUUACCAAGCUCCUCCCAAGAAGCGAGAGUAUAGCUGGACAAUCAGAGAUCAAGAGCAUAAUCCUGACGGUAUCUACCGACCUAUGAUGCUCGUCAACAACCAGUUUCCUGGACCUUUGAUCGAGGUGAACGAAGGGGACACCAUUGUUGUGCAUGUGGACAAUCAAGCAGUAAAUGCUACGUCUAUCCACUGGCAUGGUAUCUACCAGAAUGGAACUUCGCAUAUGGAUGGCACUGUCGGGAUUUCCCAGUGUCCAAUUGCGCCAGGCCAGCAAUUCACGUACGAGUUCACGGUCUCAGGCCAGAGCGGAUCGUACUGGUGGCACGCUCAUCAGGGGCUUCAGUCGGCAGAUGGUGUGCAUGGACCGUUGAUCAUUCAUGGCCGAGAAGAAAAGAAGCUGCAGCGGAUCCAAUAUGAUACCGACAGAGUUCUCUUGAUUUCUGAUCACUACCACGAUCUCUCAUCAGCUUUGCUCUGGCAAUACCUCAAGCCGGAUAUGGAGAAUACUGAGCCUGUGCCGGUUGGAGGAGUGAUCAAUGGCCAGUCUAUCCGCAAUUGCGAAGAUUUCCCAGAGCGACGAUGUGACAACACGACUGCGAAUGUUAGACUACCACGAAUUGAUCUCGCUCCGAAUCAGCACCACAGGUUGCGCUUGAUCAACGUUGGUGCCUUUGCCGAGUUUCAAGUGCAAGUCGACGAGCAUGAAUUGGCCGUCACGGAAGUUGAUGGUACGGAUGUCGAGCCGUUGAACUAUCACCGAGUGAACAUCAACCCUGCGCAGAGAUACAGCGUUGUUGUGAACACCACGGUCGAAGAUUCCGGGACAUUUUGGCUGCGCGCUCGAAUGAUUACUUCCUGCUUCACCGAUCCUCCCAAGACAUUACAGCCGGACGUCCAUGCAGUGGUUCGAUAUAACGAGAAGACGAAGGAGAUGCCAGGCUCGAUCGACUGGGAAGAGAGACUUGCAUCGCAGUGCAACGACAUGAACACGACCGAUCUUGUCCCAGCUGUGGUCACGGCCGCCCCAAUGGAAGCCGAUCACUUCUUCUACCUCCGUUCCAACUUCGAGAUUGGCCGAUACAGACUCAGCCGUGGCUUCUUCAAUGCCAGCUCAUUCCGACCGCAGGCCAAGUCUCCAAGUCUUCAUCGAGUGAUUGACGGGCUUACGGCUCAGAAUGAGACAUUCAAGGCCGUUGACGAUAGUGAUGAAGUUUUCAUAAACGAUGCAGCAUUCGACAUUUCGAACGAACUCGUCAUCCAGACCUCUGGCGUGAAGACGAUCGAUUUCCUCAUCUCCAACUUCGAUGACGGGAACCAUCCGCUGCAUCUACAUGGCUACAAGUACUUCGUGCUCGCACAAGGCCACGGCUAUCCUCCCCUUACGCACGUCGGUGCGGACAUCAAUUUCGAGAACCUUUCACCCCUAUACGACAGUCUCGAUUUAUCGAACCCACUCCGUCGAGAUACUGCGUCGGUGGAAGCGUUCGGCUGGAUCUUGAUCCGAUUGAUCGCGGAUAAUCCAGGUGCUUGGGCUUUCCACUGUCAUAUCUCGUGGCACUCUGAGGCUGGUCUUUUGAUGCAGCUCUUGACAAGAGCUGACGGAUUGGCUGCUGUGCAGAUUCCGAAGGCGAAUGUGGAUCUCUGCGCUGCACCUGGUAUUGAGAGGGGCAUGGGGCCGGAGGAUGAGGAUUAUAGAGAUGUUGGGGAGUGA